CCGCUGUGAGGCGAGCCCUGAGGGGAUUCCUGAGGGGAAGGCGGGGCAAUGCAGGGUUGUGUGCUCCUAUAGCGCUAUUAUUUCGCUUUGAAAUCUUACGAGGUUUAAAAUAAGUUUAGAGCUCCUCGUUCCCUCACAGACUAAGCCCUGCUUUUUCUGGUUAAAUUGGUGAUUUACAGCAUACCAGAUUGAGAUGGUUAUGAUGUUGGAUGGUUGGCACACCCUUAAGCCAGUCAUAACUAAAGUGGCUGUUAAGCGCUCUCCUACUCUGCAGCAUUAAUUCACAGUCAGUGCAAGUGAUAGUCGUAAUCCUAUGGCUUAGUAUUUAGCUGAUGCAUAGUUAUAUUGCUACAGAGAAGUCUUAGUAAACAAUACAUGUUAGUACCCAAAGCUGCACUUCUACUCCCUGUCCUCCUGCUGUUAGUAUUAAGACAAUUGAAGUGCUGAAAGCAUCACAAAACAAGAAAGAUGUUCACAGCUUUAAAGUAUCACUCAACAGACUAUUUAUAUGAGAGCAUGGCAAGGCAGAAGUUUUCCAUCUGUAGAUUAUCACUUUGCUUUCCUCCCUGUUUGCAACAACAUGAAAAGAGUCAUCUGACUGGACUCUUUGCUGAUGAUAAGUAUAGGAAGCCAUGGACUAGAGUUACAUCAACACAGAACACAAUUGCUAUUUCAGUGUUGGAUCAAUGGAAGAAAAGUUUAUCUGUGGAGGAUUUCCUGGAAAAGAAACCUAUCACUUCUCUGGAGUUCCAUAGUAAUAACGAAUUGAUAGAAGUUAUUCCAAGUUCAAAUCCCUUCUCUCAGACUGACACAGAAGAACUUUAUUUACUCAAGGAGAAUAUCUGUACGGAAGAAUCAACUCAAGACAAAUAUUUGAAGGCUGACUGUGCCUCUGAACUUAAAGAACAAUGGCAAGAUUUAUAUGUUGGAGAUGAACUUAUUUUUGUUGAUAAUCUUGAAAACUAUCAUAAAAAACUUCCACAUUCAUCUGCACUUCUGGACAGACUAAAAUUUUUUUUAGUGAGAGAUCCUCUUUUAGAUUCUGAAGGACAGAAUUUAAGAGAAGAGAACAUUUUUAGGGAACUCUUGACUUUUCCAAAUGAAAUGGAGAUGCAGGAGAGUAAAAAAGAAUUGCAGGCAAUUAAAGAGACCUUCUGUACAAUAACUUUAAAAGAUAAAGAGUAUUUCAUGUUGCCUGUUCAGUUAGAAUUCUGCAAAAACAGCAACAGCAGAUCAGAUUCCAUUAAGACUCCAUCGUAUUUGGAACUGAAAGAGCUGUUAAAUGUAGCUCCAGAAACUAUGGCUGAUGAAGACAUGUGUGAAGAGGUGAUCAAAGAAGAUCUUAAAGCAGAAAUUUCAAACAAAAUUGAAGUUUCCAAAUACUGUCCCAUACCAGGAGAGCUUUGCUCCAGUAACAGCACAAGUAUGUUGGAAUCCUGCGAGUCAGCUACACACGUUUCAUAUCUGCAAGACGAAAUGGAAAUACCUUUAACUCCUCUGUGCAGACAACAAAGAUCACAGGUGAACUGUAUGUGUGUAGGACUUCAAGAAGAACCUAUUACUCUUUCUGGUAACAGCAUUUUUAUUACAGAGUCCUCUAGGGAAUACUUAGAAUGCCUGGUAUGGCAAUCAGAGAAAUACUGGGACAAUGUGAGCUCUCUUUUGCUUGUCGAGCAUCAGACCUUUAAACUUGCAUAUCAGCAUCAUUCGCUCACGGAACUGAAGAAAGUGCUAUCAAUUGAUAUAGAAGCACCGAUGCUUAUCUCACUAGAGGAGGACUGGUGGAUUCAUAUGGGAUUAAGUCCAGCCUGUGUUGAUACGUUGGAGCAAUUAAAUAUGGAUUCCAGUAAUACAAACAGUUUGCUUCCUACAGAAGUAGAAGCAUUCACACAAUUUAAAUCAUAUCAACUAGAAAGAUGGCUUGAAGAGAAGAAUUCCAUGACAAAUCAGGAGCUGUUUUCUGCCAAAAGACAUCAGUUGUACCAAGUACCUAAUGGGACCCUGCCUAUAAAUGCUGCAUCUUCUGUCAAAAUUGACGGUACAACUGCCUUUGUAGAAGAGUUUGAUGGAAGAAGCGUACAAAAGAGUAAGGUAGAAGAGAAGAUUUAUUUCUUAAACCAAGGAAAGAAGACACCCAAAUCACUUGAUUCAGUCAGCCCUAAAGAUGUAUCUUUUAAAGAAGACAACUCUUCCGAGGUUCAGAAGCCUGCAUCAUUCACACCUGCUACAAAAUGGGACAAUGAUGAUUCUGAUCUGAGCAACUUUAUCAUGCUGAGAUCUAAACACACAGUCACCCAAAGAGAGGAAGAGAAUGACAUAGAUAGUCCUGAAAAAGUGCUGCAACCCAAAGAACAGCACUUGCCUGAUCACAAAGAGGACAGUUCUGUGUGUGAGCCUGUAACAGCAGAGAAGGAAGAGAAUGAGAGCAGCAUCACAGUCAAAAUUCAAGCAUCAGAAAGCCAAUACCAGGCAUACUGUCUGUUGGAAGGAGCAGCCACCCCUAUUUUAAAAGAUUUGGCACAUCUAGGUGUUCUUGCUUCUAUAAGUUGGAGCUUUGACAGCAUAAAAUUUGACCAUACAAGGUUUUUCUUAAAGCAGCAGGAGAAGGUGAUAUGUGAUCAUUUUAAAGAAGGUAAAGUAGAUGAGAAAGAGAUCACGCUGUUCAGACACGCUGCUCUGGUGCAUCUCUUGGUGACAGUUCGAGACCUUCUAUUAACAUGUGGCUUGGACACAGCACUAGGAUAUUUGUCUAAAGCAAAGGAUAUCUACAAAAACAUCGUAGAAUCCUGUUUGGAUAAUAUCUGGAGGCAGCUGAAGGUUGUACAGUACAGCAGCCAGAAAAAGCAUGAAAUCAGUCCCAAAAUAACAGAACUUCAGCGUCAAAUGUUAAAUUGGAUGCAAAGUUACGGAGAGGGACGCAGUGCUAAGAUACUAAUCAUAACAAGAAUGGACUCAGAGAGAGAAAAAGCUGCUGUCAUUCACGCUUUAUCUAGAGUAGAAGGUUUAAAAGCUAUCGAUUUGAAUUAUGAGAAAAAAGGAACCUUCCUAGGUCGUAAAGAUGUCGUAAGCAACCUCAGUAGAUAUUCCUGUGUUAUUGUACAAAAUCAGCAAAUUGGAGCUGACUUCCCUUGGACUCACUUCUCAUUAGUGAUAGAAUAUGAUUAUUCUGAAAAUUCUUGCUGGAAAAAUCGGUGUGAAAAUCUAAAUAUUACUUACAUGACUUUUAAAACCACCCUCCCUGAAACAAGACAAAUGGGAAAUCACUGUGGUUCCUUUCUUCUGGAAGUACAGAUUCCCUAUGUGUUUCUCACAACUGAAGGUCUUCUUAAUAUGCCUGAUUUUCUUCAGCUGUUGGAAUCCAAUUACAGCAUUACCUUUGUUGAAAGAAGCUGCAGUCACUCCUUAAGGCUAUUUGGAGACACAGAUCGAUACGUUGUGUUGACAAUAGAUGAAUGCACUGCUAUCUUUUUGCAGAAUUUGGAUGAAUUAAAUUACGAGAAAUCCUGUGACAAUGUAAUACUGAAGCUGACGGCGUUAUCACUCCAAUAUACAUGCUGCUGGGUUGUUUUCUAUUCCAGAGAAAGACUGAGUUUAGAGUACAGUCUCAGGGGAGAUACUCUGCUUAACCUGGUAAUAAUUUAUGCCACUCUGAUUGAAUUAACACAGAAGUCAGAAGACUUUGAAGUGAAGGUAUUUCUUACCCCAGGGAUUGAAGAGGCAGCACUGUUAAUUCGUCUGAUUGCCGACAACGUUUUAAUGGCAUCUAGUAUCAGUCCUCUUGAGUGGUUGGACAAAUCCUGGCUUUCUGUUUUGCCUUCUGAGAUGGAGAAAUGCCUGCUUACUUUUCCGUGUAUCAACCCUCUGGUUGCUCAGUUUAUGUUAAAGAAGGGAUCUUCUUUGAGUAGGCUGUUUCUUGCAAGUUUUGUUCAACUUCAGGAGCUCCUGCCAGAGGUUCCAAAAAAAGUUUUAAAGCAUUUUAGUGACAUGACAUCUAUGUACAGCCUAAAUGCUGCUGGUCCACUAAAAACAGCAGUGAAAGGUGCAUCACCCCCAGAAAACUGGAAAAACAUUAACAGACUCUAUCCAGAUUGUAAGCAAAAUUAUCAGUCUUUAGAGCUGCUGGCUAAGGCACAAACUAGCACAGGACCACCUCAUGUGAAUUCUGAAGCCAUAGUUCCUCCACCGAACUGUCAUCAGGGUCUUAUUGACUCUGACCUUUCAAGCUAUAUGCAAAAGAAAUCAUGUUCUUCAGAAGUAGUUACAGGGAGAAAACAGAAUUCCUUUGUUGUGCCAAAGGACUGUGAAGGUUUUACUCAUCCAGGUGCUAUGAAUUCUUUAUUUGUUCAAAGACAGCCCUGCAGGAUUAACUGCAGCUCUGAUCAUUCCUCAAAAAAACCUGAACAAGAGGAUUUCUUUGCAACUUUCAUUGACUGUGCACCUCGCAAGAACUCUAAGGGCUUUCUAGAAGAAUUUAGAGAAAUGACAUUUAAGAGCCCAGAAAUUGUGAUUGAUGAGACCCCGUGGAAUGGCUUUUCAUCUACCUGCACAUAUGAUUCAUUUGCACCUAAUUCUUUUCUCUCUGAUUCCCUUGCUGAUCCAGAUGAACCUCAAAGUCUGCAUUUUCAUCACCUAGGUAGAGAAUCUUCAGGAAAGAGAAAGCAAAGUCCACCAUACUUAUGGACAAAAGGAAAAACGUUAACAGAUUCAGGAUUUGAAGAAGUAGCAGGGAUCAAGAAAAGGAGAUUGAUGUAUGAAAGAGUCCCUGGAAGAAGUGAUGGACAAACACGUCUUAAAUUCUUUUGAAUGGAGUGGGGAAUUGUGUACUACACCUGGUUUUUCAAAUUUGUAAACUGUUUGAAGAGAAAUAGAUUAAAUUCAUUUUGUUGUUGUCGUUGUCAUUUUUAGAGAGAAAUUAGGGUUUAGGAAUCUUUACUAAUUGAAGAAUUUUUUCUAUGCUUUUUUAAGUCUUACUAGACAAACUAGCUCCCUGAACCUGGAGAAUUACUGCUUCUCUGCUUGUUUAUAUAAAUCUUAUAAAGGUACUUUAACAUUAUUUAUACAAAAAUUAAGAAUGAAAACAAGCAGAUGCUGAAGAACAUAAAAUUUUCAAGGGACUUAUGUUUGUUUCCUGAACAUGUAGGCUUCCACACUUACAGCUGGACUAGACCUGCCAGAAUCUCAAAACUGCUCACAAAGUUUUAAAGCUUCCUUCCACAUGAAGCAGGGACUCUGUAUUUGUCCUUUGUGUUCAUGUUCCACUUUUUUCCUUCUGACAGCUCCUCUGGAGCCAUGUGAUGUUAGAAGUUCCUUUGUAGCCUGAGAAUGGCUAUAGUUGUAACCAAGCUUCAGAAAGAACACACUUGUUUUAUGGCCUGCCCAUGAAAGAUACGUUGAAAUUUAUGAUUCUCAUAAUUUAAUUCAGAGGACAACUCUGUGACCCUAGUGCCUGGUGGAGGCCAUUUGUUGGCAUACGCGUUUCUCAGUCUGCUACAGCGCAUUUGUGAGUAGGGAGAAGAGAAUCCUCUGUGUCAGAAAUUGUAGGCUACAGCUAGAAGGGGUAAGAGAUUACAAAAAGUCAUCUCAUUUGCAAGCUAUAGAAGACAGAGGGUAAAAAGAGCACUCAGCCCCUCACUUUACAUCAAAAGAUUUCACAAUGAAACUGGAAAUAUGUGUGGGAGCAGUGGAAGAAAGUAUCUCUGUGCUGCUGCAGGAAUGCAUACACGGUUCGCAGAGGAAUGUCUGCUAGCUCCAGAAUGUCACUGUCUGUUCAGUGGCUCUCAGUUCCGAUGAUUCAGUUUUCAAGUUUCCAUGAUUCAAAUUCACAUAUUGUUAUGUUGUGUUUUUUUUUUAAGUUUUAAUUCAGUAAAAUAAUAUAUAUAUAUAUAUAUAUAUAUAUAUUUGUGGUUUAGGCUUGCAGUAAAAUACUUCCUUGAUACAGAGUUUUCGUUAAGUGCAUAUUCACUCUUUGAAUAAAUACAGCCAGAUGUUAGGGGAGCAGCUUUGACUUAUCAGAGAAAAGGGGGUGCUGGUUGUUAACUGAGAACUAAAAGCUAUGAUGACAGCACUAGGAGCGAUUGUCGUUCAGAGUAAUAUCCCCACAUUAUUUGUAUCCAAACUGUUUACAAGGUCUUAAAAAACAUCUUUCAUGUGUAGCAUAAAGACCUUUUUGUAGAAUUGCAAACAAGCCAGUGUUUCCCAGUUUGCCCAGAAUACGAGAAAGACUUAAAUAAAAGUUGCAGUUUGCUCACUAUUUCUGGCCCAUUUUUGUGGUCACUUGACCUAACCAUUUUCUGUCUCUUUCCAUCAUGGAUUUGGCUCUGUUUUUCAGAACCGUCUCCCAGAUUGCCAGGCCAAGGAAUCUGUUCUUUUAAGAGUGCAGCUCUGCAAAAAUCUCAGUCACGGAUGACCACAGCGGAGAAAAUUAUAGCGGCCACUCCUUAGCUGUGUAUUUAUGUCCUCCUUUCACACAGACAGGGGCUGACACCAGAACUUCAAUGUGAACGUUCAUUACAGGCUUGCUCAGAUAAUCUGUGGAUCAUUUCAAACACAAAGGUAAACCGUGUGCUGCCUACAUUUGAUUAGCGAAGAAAAUUCAAGUGCUAUCUGCAAUCAGUUUCCAUUAGGUAGCAAAGUGUUACUGAACACUUAGAUACUAACAAUAUUGUGGAAAAUAAGGAAAAGGCUUGCAAUGGCCAUUUGGUAUGUAUUGUGUUUGUUUGUGACUCUCAGUCAUUCACAGAUUACGUGCACGGUGACAGAUUUGUCACAUGUAAGGUGUGUCCCCCUCCCCCCUGCCCAGUCCAAUCUGUUUCAUGUAGAGGAAAAUUAG